GUUAAUUUUUUCGACUUUAAAAAGGAUGUGACUUCUCCGAACUCUUAUUGGAAUUGGAUCAAAGGUUAAAUCUGAUGUCAAAAAGGGCGACAGAUUUGGGGAUUCGUCCACGGCUGCAAUUACUUGAAUCAUGAAGAUGGAGCACUUGCUCGUUGCAAGAGAUGGAAUAUUUGGGAAAGUUCCUGAUUUUAUGAGCAUGGAAGAUGCAGCUACUUUAGGUCUUGCUGUCGGUAUCAACGACCAGGUAAUGUGACGAAGUCACAAGCAUUGGUGUUGAAAUGGCUGGCUAAUUUAGAAACAGGGUAUGCCAAACGCUCAAACUCCCUCUUUCAACUCAACAUGCAGAAAAGCCUCUUCCACUGCUCAUUUAUGGUGUAAGUACUGCAACCGGAACAAUUGGUAUUCAACUGGCUAAACUGUCAGUCUUAAUAUUAUAUAUUUCAUCUUGCUCUUAGCCCUCCCGCGCUCACAGGUCAACAGGUCAGGUUUACAAGUUAUAAAUACAGCUAGCCCAAACAAUUUCGAACUCCUCGAGUCUCGCUGAGCCGACAAAAUAUUCGAUUACAAAGAGUCUGAAGUUGGCGAAAAGAUCAGAGAAUACACAAACAACAGUUUGAAAUAUGUCUUUGACACAAUUCCUUUGUCGUCAUCUGUAGCUAUUUGUGCAGUAGCUCUCUUGACUAUGUCUGAAUCCAGAGCAUUGUAUGCACCGCUACUUCCAGUGAACUUCCCAAGAGAUGACGUUGAUUCUGGUUUCACGAUGGCUUAUACAUGUUGGGGAAGGCAUUUCAGAGAGGAGAUUGACAUUGUCCUGCGAAACCUGAAGAUUAUGAGUUUGCAGCCAAGUUCAUAAAAGAAGUGUGACGAGUUGAUUUCCCAGAAAAAGAUUAUCCCACAUCCUGCGACCGUGUGUACGAAAGGCUUGUAUGGAAUUUUGGGUGUGUAAGUCAUUGUAAUCUUACCACUAUCAUAGUGGCUUUUACUAACAGUAUACUAGACUUCAAUUAAUGAGGGAAGACAUGAUUUGUAGAACUAAACUCGUCUUUCAAAUCUCAGAUACAGCUUGAUGGAAUCGAG